AUGGUCAGAUCUGUGCAAAAGGGUCUGUCACACACACGGAUGGCCGAACCUCGUUUUAACAACCCCUACUUCUGGCCCCCUCCUCCCACCAUGCCCAGCCAGCUGGACAACUUGGUAUUGAUCAACAAAAUCAAGGAGCAGCUGAUGGCAGAGAAGAUCCGGCCCCCACACCUGCCGCCCACGUCCGUCUCCUCGCAGCAGCCCCUGCUGGUUCCCCCGUCCCCGGCCGAGAGCAGCCAGUCCAUCAUGUCCUUGCCUAAGCUGCAGCAGGUGCCGGGGCUGCACCCGCAGGCCGUGCCCCAGCCCGACGUGGCCCUGCACGCCCGGCCCGCCACCAGCACCGUCACAGGGCUGGGGCUGUCCUCCCGGGCCCCUGCGGUCAGCACCUCCGAGUCCAGCACCGGCACAGGGACCAGCACCCCCUCGACACCCACCUCCACCAGCCAGAGCCGCCUCAUCGCCUCCUCCCCCACCCUCAUCUCAGGGAUCACCAGCCCCCCCAUCCUGGACUCCAUCAAGACAAUUCAGGGCCACAGCCUGCUGGGAGCCCCCAAAACAGAGAGGGGCCGCAAGAAGAUCAAGGCCGAAAACCCCUCGGGGCCGCCCGUCCUCGUGGUGCCGUACCCCAUCCUGGCCUCGGGAGAGACCGCCAAAGAGGGGAAGACGUACAGGUGUAAGGUCUGCCCCUUGACCUUCUUCACCAAGUCCGAGAUGCAGAUCCACUCCAAGUCGCACACAGAGGCGAAGCCGCACAAGUGCCCGCACUGCUCCAAGUCCUUUGCCAACGCCUCCUACCUGGCCCAGCACCUGCGCAUCCACCUGGGCGUCAAGCCCUAUCACUGCUCCUACUGUGAGAAGUCCUUCCGCCAGCUCUCCCACCUCCAGCAGCACACCAGAAUUCACACUGGAGACAGACCCUACAAGUGCCCACAUCCCGGCUGUGAAAAGGCUUUUACCCAGCUCUCCAACCUCCAGUCUCACCAGCGACAGCACAAUAAAGAUAAACCGUACAAGUGUCCGAACUGUUACCGGGCAUACACAGACUCCGCGUCCCUGCAGAUCCACCUCUCCGCCCAUGCCAUCAAACACGCCAAGGCCUACUGCUGCAGCAUGUGCGGGCGUGCCUACACCUCGGAGACGUAUUUGAUGAAGCACAUGUCCAAACACACUGUGGUGGAGCACCUGGUCACCCACCAUUCACCCCAAAGGACGGAGUCUCCCGGCAUCCCUGUGCGGAUCUCGCUCAUCUGAACCCAGGGCCCCCUCCGCUCUGCGUGUCCCCGCCCCCCAGCCUCCCCAGGCGGGGCACAGAAACCACCAAUCAGAACACCCCACCCCGAGCUACCCCGCCCCGGGCCGGCUCCAGGAAGGAGCGCGAGUUCAGUUCAGUCCAAUUAACUGCUAUGAGGCUCGGAAGAGUUCCCCAGCCCAGGAGCCUGGCCGGCUGCGGCGGCAAAGGCCGCAGGGGGAUUUUGGACAGUUUGGUGACAUCCAAAGACGAUUUCAGAGCACUUUGAACCUCUCUCUGUUGGGUUGUCUUUAGUUCAUCCCCUCCCUUCAUUGGGUUGGUUUUUCUUUGUUUUCUCUUCUUUCUGCUUCCUUUUUAAAAAAUAACAACAAAAAAUAUUUAUUGGCCAAGAAGUUGGUGCUGCUAAAAUGGAAAAAUCAAAAGGAAAAUUGGACAGAUGGACACGGAGAACCACGGGGUGGGGGCCUCCCGCCUUCCUUCCGCUGGGCCAUGCCCAGGGGAGCAGGGGAGAUGGCAGAGACCUCACGGAAGUGCCCCAGGGCCCCCCAUGGACCCAAGGGACACCUGUAGCCUCUGAAUGGGCUGGACUCCAGAGUCUAGGGCCAGGAGCCGGGGCAAGGAGGGUCUGGCAGCUAGGGGGAGUGGGGCUGGACUCGGGGCCCAAAUGCAGGUUCCCAGUCUUGCGCCCCCCUGAUCCCAAAGGCCCAUGGCCCAGGCAGGGCCCUAGCUCGGUCCUCCUUGAGCACCCCGACACCUCUGGGGCUUCCAUUUGGGGCUUUGGGAGGGGAGGCUAGGCGAGAGGUGGCCAUAGGAGACUGAGAGGGGGAUUUGGCCUCCUCUGCCUGGUCCUAAGAGUGACCCUCCUGAAGCGGAGGGGGGCAGGGGAAAGGGCUCAAGCCCCCUUCUGUGUGGGGCUGAGUGAGGGUCAUCCUCUCUCCCCUCUGUCUGACAAUGGUGCUCCCUGGGCCCUGUGACUCCUCUGAGACUCCAGUAGAGAAGGCCCCAGUCUACCUCCAGUGCUGGCUAGGAUGAGAAUCUUCCUCUACCUCUCCUGACAUUCCUGUCUGCUCUGGGCUGGGGCUGGGACCAGGGCCUGGUGGGGUGGGGGGCAGGCCAAUUGACUGGUGUCAGAACAAGGCGGGGACCCUAGGCAAGACCCCACACACACACCCUGGAGUAGGACUGUGGAACCUCCCUGAUCUCCUGCCCAGUCACAUACCCUCUCCUCUAUGUUGGGGACCCACUGAGUCCACCUUCCCUGGAACUAUACCCAUCCUCCACCCUGGGAAAGCACUGGACCCCCCCCCAGGCUGGGGAACAGAGCCCUAACUUUGGAGAGGAUGUUUGUGUGUCUUCCAUGCCAGGGUGAGGCAUAGGCAGCCAGGCCAGGCCAAGUCCCUGAAAGCUCACCAAUCCAGUGGCCAGGGGCCAUAUUGCAAAAUGGGGAGUGGACUCUUCCCCCUAGGUUCUCUGACCCUGACAGGUGCUGGAGAAAUUCAGGCCUGGGGACCUUCCACUCCCCCCCCCCAAGUCCUCAGUACCAAGGAGGCUUUGAGAGAACAAGCUGUGAGGGGCCUCAGUCUGUUGGGGACCAACAGGGGGAAAAGGCUGGGCCUGCCUAGGGGGGUUGGAAGGGACUGGCUCUGGGACCUCAGACACUCACCUGCCCCAGCCUGAGGCAAAUGAGAGAAGAAUUCUGAGUCACCUCCUCUUACCCAACCCAAUAAUGAUGGCACUUAUCACCCUGUGCUAAAGCCCAGGCCAGAGAACUCCUUCACCCCAUCCCCAAACCUCCAUCCCUGCAGGGUCCCUCAGGAGUGAAGGGGCACUGAGGAAAGCGGCCAGUCAGAGGCCUGGCAGCCAGCCCCAGCACCCCCACCCUGAUCUGAAAGCCAUUCGUGUCUCCCCAUGUAUAUAUGAUCCAUGUACAGAGCCCGGAGAAGCCCCAACAACCCCCUCACCAGAAAGGAAAAAAAAAAAAAACCUAGACAAAAACUCAUCUAUAUCUUCUGUAUCCUUAAGUUCCGUUCUGAAUAUUAACUGUGUUAUUUUUAUACACUUUUUAAGCCUUAACAAUGUCAUUGUUUGACCAGCUGUUUGAUGCCCUUUGGUUCCACGUAUUUUUCACUGGGUUCUUUUCCCUUGUUUCUGACCCUUCGAUGUUGUAUGAUAACUCAGUAUUGUAGCCUUUUUGUCAGCAUGUUAAUACCCUGUAAAUACGCUCUGACACACCUGUUAACACCCCCUUUUCUUUUGUCUAUGGAACCUCCAGGCCACCGAAUUUAGAUCUAGUUCCCUUACUAAGAAAGAAGAACGGUUCCAGAUGUUUCAUUCUUUUGUCCACUUUUGGGACCUGGCGUUGCAGGGCCAAGGAGGUGGGACCUCAGAAGGGAAAGUUUGCAUUAUGUUAAAAAGAACAUUUUUUUAAAAAGCAAAAUGUGGGGAAAAAAACUAAUGAAAAAAUUAAAAGCCCCAUGCUCUUUGUAUUUCUCUGUUGUGAAAAAUAAAACUGUACUACGACUGGGA